AUGCGAUCUCAUGUUGCAGUAUGGUGGCUGGGCCUUCUUCUCCCGGUCACCCCCUGCAGCGCUUUCAGCCGCCCGAACUUCCAACUCGUGGCGGCAAGGCUGACAGGAAACCUGGCAACAGGGCGUGAAGGACUGGAAGGCAACUUUACACCGGCUGAGGUGCCCAUCGCGGGGACACUGCAACAGUGGCCGGAGUGGAAGCGUGCCCAUCCUCGCCUUUGCUCGACGUUCCCUAGAAUCUGCCUGGAUGACACCCCGCCCGCCUUCAAGAUCACCACCAUGGCACUGGCGGACUUACAUGAAGACAUGCUGGGCAUCGGUUCUGCCUGGUUUGUGCCGGCGGUGCUCCUCUGCGCGGCUUGCGGCCUCAUGGCAAAGCCAGAGAAGAGUGCUGAACUCGCCGCUGCGGAAGACAUGGCCCCUGCCUCCCGAAGGGAGGACGUCGACCGGUGCAUCGAUUGGUGGGGCUCUGGCCCACGGGUCACGCCGAAGGCCUUGAAGGCUUUCGUCGCAGCCUUGCUGCUCAUCGAGCUGCUGGGCCUGACAGUGCCACAGACGGAUGUCUUUACCCUGCCGGAGGUGCUCCGGCGUGUCCGGGCUCACCCCUACGGGAGCCAAGGGGACCUGGGCUUUGGACAGGGUUUCACAUCGGCCGGCUUGGGGCUGAUGCCGCGCCUGACGUACCUCUUCAUGCCAGGCUUAAGCGAUGCCACCGCAGACGGCUACGCCGCAGCCUUUGCGAUCGUGAGGUUAUCGGUGCUGGCGUCUUGGUGUGCCUUCCUUGCCCUCCCCACCUCGGCUAAAGCCUCCAGGGUCUGCUUCACCUGGGGAGCUGUCUUCUACGUGCUCAUGGCGAGCCUGCUCGUCAUGUUUCAGCAAACUGUUGACGUCCACCCCACCUACUUCUUCCUCCUGGCGGCCUGCUUCUCACUGGACGCUUUGUCUGUUCACAGGUUCCUUCUGGUCUGCGACGUCUUGCCAUUUUAUCUUUCUGCAGGGCUGUCGAAGCUCCGGUACGCAGGACUGGCCUCGGUGUUGUCCGGCCGCUGGCUGAGCAAAGCUGCGGCUGACAACGUUCCGAGGUCCGAAUUCCCGCAUGUCAACAGAUGGGUUGCGCAGUCUCAUUGGGCUCCGGCGGUUCUGUCCUUCGGUGUCAUGUUGGUCGAGUUCUACCUUCCCUUGGCACUGCUCUUUCUGGCAAGCUCCCACUCCGAUUUCGCCCGUUGGCUGCGGACAUGCUGGAUCCUGCUGACGACCUCCUUUCAUGUGGCCGUCUUCUUGUUCAUUGAGCCGAACUUUGUACAUCAGACCCUGGUGCAGAUGAUGCUGCUGCAUGCCGUUUGGCAUCCUACAAACGCGCAAAAGGAAGCCAUCGACCCGGGGCAGCAGAGAGCUUGGCGAUUUCGGAUCGGCGCUGCGGUUCUGGUGUUCAGCCUCUGGCUUGGCAACCAGGUUUGGUCCGACCUUGCCCACAUUUCUAGCAAGGCAUGGCGGUACUCAUGGCAUAAUAUGGCUUGGCCUGUAGGGGAGAUGGCGAUGUUCGUGUCUCCUUCCGAUUCCUCCAACUACGUCCUCACUCUCUUCAUAGAGAUUGCCACGCUUCUCGGGCUUUGCCUGAAAACCGUCCAUGAGAUUUCUCCUUUCGAAGGAGAAAGUGCCAAAGGCCUUUUCGCAGCUGGAGAUGCGAGGUUUGGCGCUUCUUCCGUGUGUUUCUUCUCCAUGCUUGUGGAGCUUCGGUCAGGUAAGGAUCUUCCUGGGUGCGCUUUAUUGGAGGCGGCGAGACGCCGCGAGGCAUCUGCCCGGCAGCAUGCUGAGGCGUGUCCCAGUAGCGCCCACGCACACGCCGAGACGUCGAAUAUUCGACUGAAGUUCUCGUUGUUCACAAUGGGCCCCGGCACUCUCACCCAGGCCGCUGCCCCUUUACUCUCAGGCCUGUUCGCGGUGGCAGACCCCUCGCCGCAACAUGCUCGCGAACCGAACCCGUUCAUAAGCUUCAAGAUGCGAUCUCAUGUUGCAGUAUGGUGGCUGGGCCUUCUUCUCCCGGUCACCCGCUGCGGCGCUUUCAGCCGCCCGAACUUCCAGCUCGUGGCGGCAAGGCUGACAGGAAACCUGGCAACAGGGCGUGAAGGACUGGAAGGCAACUUUACACCGGCCGAGGUGCCCAUCGCGGGGCCCCUGCAGCAGUGGCCAGAGUGGAAGCGCGCCCACCCUCGCCUCUGCUCGACGUUCCCUAGAAUCUGCCUGGAUGACACCUUGCCCGCCUUCAAGGUCUCCACCAUGGCACUGGUGGACUUACAUGAAGACAUGCUGGGCAUCGGUUCUGCCUGGUUUGUGCCGGCGGUGCUCCUCUGCGCGGCCUGUGGCCUCAUGGCAAAGCCAGAGAAGAGUGCUGAGUUGGCCGCUCCGGAGGAUACCGCCCCUGCCGCCCGAAGGGAGGACGCCGACCGGUGCCACGAUUGGUGGGGCUCUGGCCCACGGGUCACGCCGAAGGCCUUGAAGGCUUUCGUCGCAGCCUUGCUGCUCAUCGAGCUCCUGGGCCUGACGCUGCCACAGACGGAUGUCUUUGCCCUGCCAGAGGUACUACGGCGCGUCCGGGCUCACCCCUACGGCAGCCAAGGGGACCUGGGCUUUGGACAGGGCUUCACAUCUGCCGGUUUGGGGCUGAUGCCGCGCCUGACGUACCUCUUCAUGCCUGGCUUAAGCGAUGCCACCGCAGACGGCUACGCCGCAGCCUUUGCGAUCGUGAGGUUAUCGGUGCUGGCAUCUUGGUGUGCCUUCCUUGCCCUCCCCACCUCGGCUAAAGCCUCCAGGGUCUGCUUCACCUGGGGAGCCGUCUUCUACGUGCUCAUGGCGAGCCUGCUCGUUAUGUUUCAGCAAACUUUUGACGUCCACCCCACCUACUUCUUCCUCCUGGCGGCCUGCUUCUCAAUGGAGUUCUUUCUGGUCUGCGACGUCUUGCCCUUUUAUCUUUCUGCAGGGCUGUCGAAGCUCCGGUACGCAGGACUGGCCUCGGUGUUGUCCGGCCGCUGGCUGAGCAAAGCUACGACUGACAACGUUGAGAGGUCCGCCUUCCCGCAUGUCAACAGAUGGGUUGCGCAGUCUCAGUGGGCUCCGGCGGCUCUGUCCUUCGGCGUCAUGUUGGUGGAGCUCUACCUUCCUUUGGCCCUGCUCUUUCUGGCAGCCUCCAACUCCGAUUUCGCCCGUUGGCUGCGGACAUGCUGGAUCCUGCUGACGACCUCCUUUCAUGUGGCCGUCUUCUUUUUCAUUGGGCCGAACUUUGUACAUCAGACCCUGGUGCAGAUGAUGCUGCUGCAUGCCGUUUGGCAUCCUACAAACGCGGAAAAGGAACCCAUCGACCCGGGGCAGAAGAGUGCUUGGCGAUUUCGGAUUGGCGUUGCGGUCCUGGUGUUCAGCCUCUGGCUGGGCGAACAGAUGUGGUCCGACCUUGCCCACAUUUCUAGCAAGGCAUGGCGGCACUCGUGGCAUGACACGGCUUGGCCCGUAGGGGAGAUCUCCAUGUUUGUGUACCCUUCAGAUUCCUCCAACUACGGCCUCCCUCUCUUUAUCGAGGCUGCCACAGUUCUCGGGGUUUGUUUGACAGCCUUUCGUGAGAUUUCUCCCGAAGGAGGAAGUGCCAAGGGCGCACAAGGCUAG